AAAAAAUAAUUCUAACCUCAUAUUGUUGUCCAAACUGGAUCUCCAGCCAAUUUGCACUCAGCAACUACUCCAACAAUUGCAGAAGUCGAAAGAAUAGGCUUUUCUCGUUGAUUUUGACGUGACCUAUGGUAAAAUGGUGGCAUUCUGAUUUCUACGUGGUCGUAAAAGUCUCAACAAAUGAUAACGAGAGGAGAUAAUUAUUGUGUCGUCGUUAGUUCAACGGGCGGAUCGCCCACAAACACCAGGGACUCUGCCGUACGCCCUUUGGACAAUUAGGAUUUAUUGGGGACGAGGAUUGCUGGAUGUCUCAUGUGUGUUGGUUCAUUGACUAGUUGAUAACCAUUGAGCCAGGAUGUUGAUUCUUGAUUAAUUAGACAUCAGUGCAACUUAGGUAUUUGUUGAGAAAAUGUCCCACUGUGAAAUCGACGGAGCGUCGCCGGGAUUUCAUCAGCUCAGUGUCACCAUUGAAGCAGCAAUUUUGCGAAGCUCGAGCUUCCUGAAGCCAAAUCCCUACGUGGAAUUUUCGAUCGACGACAAGAGCCCACGAAAAACCGAAGUGUCAAAAGCCACGUACCAGCCAAAAUGGAACGAGCAGUUUACAAUUCUCGUGACACCUUAUUCCCACCUGCACUUUCGGCUGCUGGAUCACAGUACUUUCAGAAAGGACACGACAAUUGGGGAGAAGCGAAUAAGCCUCUUCCAGAUUCUCUCCCACUACAACGGAAAUUUGGAGCGCCUAGAGCUGACCCUGGACCUGAUAAACGAGAGUAAGCAUGAUUCCCAGGUGUCAAAGGUGGGUGAAUUGGUGACCCUCUUCGAUGGAUUAAAAAUUGACAUGUCAACGAUAUCUCCACCGCAGUGCGACCAGUCGCACGGUCAGUGCACGACCUCUCAAGUUUCAACGAACGAUCCGACAAACAGGAGCAUUCUGAACGGUGGGAUUCGUGCCCUGCUCAGGGCCCAGGCCCCAGAGAAUGCCCCGAGGGUCCAGAGAAGUUCCUCGAUGAUGUACGAUCCCACCUUCAACCCACCAGCCUCCCAGUCGAUCUCCAUAUCGACUCCCCCAGGCAUUUCCAAUGACUCCCCGGGGCUGAUUCUGACGAACGGCAGUACAGGUGCCCACGAGGGUGGGACAGAGACUCCUGGUGGUCCCCGACUCCCCGAGAAUCUCAUGAGGGAGUUGAACAUGACGAGAUCGACGUCAGAGAGCACCAGUGUCCCCAGACUUCACGAGGGAAGAGUCAAUGAUAAUGCUGUGGUACCUGGAUGGAAUGGAGCUGGCAGUGAGGCCCCUGGACGGGGCAGUGAUGUGAGGCAGGAGGGACGUGUGCCCCGGGUACCUGAAGAGAUGAUGAGGGAGCAGGAGAAUGGACAGGAGGAGCCUCUGCCACCUGGAUGGGACAUGAGGUACGAUAUUUAUGGAAGAAGAUACUACGUUGAUCAUAACACGCGAUCCACCUCGUGGGAGAGCCCUCAGCCGCUGCCUCCUGGCUGGGAGGUACGUCGAGAUCCCCGAGGGAGAAUUUACUACGUCGAUCACAACACCAGGAGCACAACCUGGCAGAGGCCCAACACCGAAAGGCUCCAGCAUUAUCAGCAGUGGCAGGGAGAACGUCAGUUCGUUGUCCAGCAGGGAAAUCAGAGGUUUCUCUAUCCCCAGGCACAUGGGGGACAGCCUGUUAUCCCCGGACCAUCGACAUCAGCUGCUGUUGAUGAUGAUGACGCCCUCGGGCCACUGCCUGCUGGAUGGGAGAGGCGAAAACAACCUGAGGGGAGGGUUUAUUACGUUAAUCAUAAAAACAGAACGACCCAGUGGGAGGACCCCAGGACUCAGGGACAGGAGACGGGGAUCGAUGAGCCACCGUUGCCUGAUGGCUGGGAGAUCAGACUCACUGAGGACGGUGUGAGAUACUUCGUCGAUCACAACACAAGAACAACGACAUUCCAAGAUCCUAGACCUGGAGCACCCAAGGGUCCCAAGGGGGUCUACAGAGUUCCUAGGGCGUACGAGAGGAGUUUCCGGUGGAAAUUGUCACAAUUCCGUUUCCUCUGUCAGACCAAUGCACUGCCCAAUCAUAUCAAGAUCAGUGUCAGCAGACAGACCCUUUUUGAGGAUUCGUACCAUCAGAUUAUGAAUGCCGAGGCUUUCGCUCUGAGGAGGAGACUGUACAUCAUCUUCAAAGGUGAGGAGGGACUCGAUUAUGGUGGAGUCUCCAGGGAAUGGUUCUUCCUAUUGAGCCACGAGGUACUGAAUCCCAUGUACUGUCUCUUCGAGUACGCAAAUAAGAGUAAUUAUUCAUUGCAAAUAAAUCCGGCGUCGUACGUUAAUCCUGAUCACCUACAGUAUUUCAAAUUCAUUGGGAGAUUCAUCGCAAUGGCCCUUUAUCAUGGAAGAUUUAUCUACAGUGGAUUUACCAUGCCCUUCUACAAGCGAAUGCUAAAUAAAAAAUUAGUUAUGAAAGACAUCGAGUCAAUAGAUCCGGAAUUUUAUAAAUCACUCGUUUGGAUUAAGGAGAAUAAUAUCGAUGAAUGUGGACUUGAAUUGUACUACAGCGUCGAUUUUGAGAUAUUGGGACAGGUCAUACAUCAUGAGCUCAAGGAGGGGGGUGACAAAAUCAGAGUCGUUGAGGAGAAUAAAGAGGAGUACAUCAGAUUGAUGACAGAGUGGAGGAUGACACGAGGCAUCGAGGACCAGACCAAAGCCUUCCUUGAGGGAUUCAACUCAGUGGUGCCCUUGGAAUGGCUGAAAUAUUUCGACGAACGUGAGCUGGAGCUCAUGCUUUGUGGCAUGCAGGAGAUAGACGUGGACGAUUGGCAGAGAAAUUCAAUCUACAGACACUACACAAGGAACAGUAAACAAGUUCUCUGGUUCUGGCAGUUCGUGAGAACAACUGACAAUGAGAAAAGAGCACGAUUGCUGCAAUUUGUUACUGGAACGUGUCGAGUGCCUGUUGGAGGAUUUGCUGAAUUGAUGGGGAGCAAUGGACCGCAGAGAUUCUGCAUCGAGAAAGUGGGCAAGGACACCUGGUUACCACGAUCUCACACGUGUUUCAACAGACUGGACCUUCCUCCGUACAAAAGUUAUGAUCAAAUGGUGGAAAAAUUGAAUUACGCCAUCGAGGAAACCGAAGGCUUCGGUCAGGAAUAGUAUCUCCACAUUCUCCACCCCUCACACUGAUCAUUUAUCCGUCAUUUUCCAAUAAUCCAACGCCUUUUUCUUUUACUUUUUCUUUACACCGAAUUUAUUUUUAUCAAAAAAAAACACAAGUGAUACCACUAUCGCGAGAAAUAGAAAUUUUAUGCAAUGUCUGUAGAAUUGUCGAGUAGAGAUUUGUAAGUGCUAUCUGUAGUGGAGUUCUCGAAAUCAAAAGAAUCUGAGAACUUUCAUGAGAAAGUUCAAUCGGUGGAUAAUUGCCAAAACUAAAUGAAUCUUUUCUUUUUCAUAUCGUUUUUUGUGAAUAUUUCCGAAUUUAAGAGAGAUACCGAUAAUGUGUGAAGGAUCUUCUUGUAGAGCCAAGUGAGGGAUGAAAAAAUUCGAUUGAUCAUCUUGAUGGGCCUCUCUGAUCCUGAGAUAUUCCCCAGAAACAGAUCUAAAGAGAAAAUAUCUCGUUUUAUCAAUUAAUCACUGCAAUCAUUGUUAUUAUGAUAGAAAUUUUUCUUGUAUACUUUUUACACGUUUCAAAUCAUCAAUAGGAUUAUUUCAUCUCGGGUUCGAGAACACGAGAGAGUGAGGAAAUGCGAAGAUUACGGAAAUCACGAAUUCAAUAGAAUUAUUGUAUAUAAUGAUCGUAACCGUAAAAAACACUGUGGUAUUUUUAGCAGCGUAGACUGGGAGAGAAUUCUUGCUACUUGAGGAACACCCAAAGACAUCAGUGAAAGAAAGACAUCAAUUAUUUCCUGAUGGAUUUUUAAUAAUUCGAUAAUUAACCGACGAAAUAUUCGAAUCGAUUUCGUUCAGGUACCAGUUUUCAAUGAAUAUCUCGGAAUUGAAGAAAGAUAUCGAAAUUUUCAUAGGAAACUUUUUGUACAGCUGGAUUAGAUCUAGAAAAACUUUCCUACAAAGAUUUGACUAUCACUCUUAGAUUCAGAGAUAUUUCGCAAAAACGAGAAUAGGAUUUUAGAAUACUUGAAAGUUUUUACUUCUGAAUUGUUGUUUUGUUUCCCUUUUCUAUUCUGGAAUUGACUGACUCAGUUUCGGAACAGACGCAUUAUUAUGAUUGAGAAAUAUUGAAGAAUUUCCCUCCGGCCAGAGUGUGAAUUCAUCGCAGCCUACGAUCGAGUUAUUUGUAAAUAGUACUGUUGGCGAUAGGUAAUGACGUAAACAAUUGUAUAAAUCUCCGUAUGAACUCUUGAAAGUUGAAGUAACAUCUUGUGUGUAUGUGUGAGUGAUUUAAUUGUCUAAUUAAUUGAAGGUUCGAAUACGUACGCGGGAAAUUUUAAUGAUGAAGUGGUGGGGUCCUACUAAUUGUGGAAUUAUCUCGAGAACAAGGGGGUUGGGGUGAAAAAUUCAUAAGAUCUUUUUUGUGAGAUAUUUAAUUUUGAGCAAAACAAGUCUAUACACAUUUUCGCGUAAACCCUCUAUUUACUGAGUUAGGCCACAUGAUGUGUUUCACCAGUUUGUUACUGAAUCAAUUCUGGCGAAGAAUAGUUUUGGAAUCCUUUGAUUCUACCCUAUGGAGGAAGAAACAUGGAAAUAGCAAAAUGUCAGCAGCUCUGUGAAUUUAUUUUUGGAUUGAUUUGAUAAAUGAGACAGUGGAAUGUCUCAAUUCGUUCAAUUCAAUUGGAGGAUCAACGAUUUCCGUUCAUUCAAAGACUGCUCAAUAGAUUGUACCCAUACCAAUGAGGAUUGAGAAUGAGAAUCUGCGAGAGUGACUGAAGCUCCAGUGAAGACGAUUUUCGUAAAUAGUGCAGUGCCAACGGUAGACGAUUAUCACGUGAUUUUAAAUCAAUCGAUAUUGAUUUUGUAUUGGAGUGGACCGAUGAAAAAUCACAAUCAAAAUGCGCGAUUAUCUCGAGAACAAGUUAUUACAGGAAAAUUAAUGUAGAGGACUUUUUUGCAGAGAAUGAAAUCUCCGACGAAAAAUAUCUUGGCACUUUUUUGUCUAGGAUGACUCGUUAUCGGGGUAAUUGAAAAUUUGUGAUUGAAUUGUUGCCUCUUCAUUAUUGAAUCAAGUUGAGACUUUAUUUCCUUCAUUUUCUGCAAAUUUUGGUAGACUGUCUUGCAACAAUCCAUUAAAUAUAUCUGGGCCUGGUUUCACGGUAGUAUCUAAGGUUUAUUAGAACUGUAUAUAUGUUUGUACAGAGUAUAUACAAUUAAUAAAAUUAAUUUAUGGUUGAAAA